CUGUGUGACCAGGAAAGGAGAUGGAAUUCCUGAACAGAAGCAAUGCAAAUAAACAGAGAACUUGGGAUCUGAGGGGGAAUUCCUUUAAUUGCGACUGUAAACUCAAAUGGCUGGUAGAAUGGCUUAGUCACACCAAUGCAACUGUUGAAGACAUCUACUGCGAAGGCCCUCCAGAAUACAAGAAGCGCAAAAUCAAUAGUCUCUCUUCCAAGGACUUUGACUGUAUCAUUACAGAAUUUGCAAAGUCUCAAGACCUGCCUUAUCAAUCUCUGUCCAUAGACACUUUUUCUUAUCUGAACGAUGAGUAUGUAGUCAUCGCCCAGCCUUUUACUGGAAAAUGCAUUUUCCUUGAAUGGGACCACGUAGAAAAGACUUUCCGGAAUUAUGACAACAUCACAGGCACAUCCACUGUAGUGUGCAAGCCUAUAGUCAUUGACACUCAGCUCUAUGUUAUUGUGGCCCAGCUGUUUGGUGGCUCUCACAUCUAUAAGCGGGACAGUUUUGCAAAUAAAUUCAUAAAAAUCCAGGAUAUUGAAAUUCUCAAAAUUCGAAAACCCAAUGACAUCGAAACAUUCAAGAUUGAAAACAACUGGUAUUUUGUCGUUGCUGACAGUUCGAAAGCCGGGUUUACUACCAUUUACAAAUGGAACGGAAAUGGAUUCUAUUCCCAUCAAUCCUUACAUGCGUGGUACAGGGACACCGAUGUGGAAUAUCUCGAAAUCGUCAGAACGCCGCAGACACUCAGAACGCCUCAUUUAAUCCUGUCCAGUAGUUCCCAGCGUCCUGUAAUUUAUCAGUGGAACAAAGCAACACAGUUAUUCACUAACCAAACUGACAUUCCUAACAUGGAGGAUGUGUAUGCCGUAAAGCACUUCUCAGUGAAAGGCGAUGUGUACAUUUGCUUGACAAGGUUCAUUGGUGAUUCCAAAGUCAUGAAAUGGGGAGGCGCCUCAUUCCAGGAUGUUCAGAGGAUGCCAUCGCGAGGAUCUAUGGUAUUCCAGCCUCUUCAGAUAAAUAGUUACCAAUAUGCAAUUCUUGGGAGCGAUUACUCCUUUACUCAAGUAUAUAACUGGGAUGCAGAAAAAGCCAAAUUUGUGAAAUUUCAGGAAUUAAACGUUCAGGCACCACGAUCCUUCACACAUGUGUCCAUUAAUAAGCGUAAUUUUCUUUUUGCUUCCAGUUUUAAGGGAAAUACGCAGAUUUACAAACACGUCAUAGUUGACCUAAGCGCAUGAGACACCAAAUUCUGUGGCUGCCAUCAGAAACUUUCUACAGUACAUGACCCAGAUGAACUCAAUGCAUGAUGACUCUUCUUAUCACACUUGCAAAUGAAUGCCUUUCAAACAUUGAGACUGCUAGAACUAAGCACUACCAGUAUCUCCAUCCUUAACCGUCCAGUCCAGUGGUGUGGGAAGUUACCUUUUAUAAGACGAAAUUCAGUUGUGUAACUGUUCUUUGCAGUGAAGAUGUGUAAAUAAGCGUUUAAUGGUAUCUGUUACUCCAAAAAGAAAUAUUAAUAUGUACUUUUCCAUUUAUUUAUUCAUGUGUUCAGAAACAACUGCCAAAUAAAAUGUUUACAUUUUCUUUCAUA